AUGGGUGUCGGAAACCGAUUCAAGAAGCAGGGACCUCCCGAGCCACUGUCGGAGGCUCACUUCGCCAAGCUCAAGAGAAAGGCUGGCCUCCCCGUCGAUGAGCCCACCGAGGCACCCCAGAACAAGAGGCGACGCGCGAGCAAGCAGCAGGCCGCCGCACCGCCUGCGAAGAAAGCCAAGUCCGCCAAGGGCACCAAUGGUGCGAAGGCCGACGCCGCCGUCACCCCUGCGGUGAACCCGCGCAGCAAGCCCAAGAAGGGCAAGAAGGCCAAGGUCGUCGAGGAGGAGGCCGAGCUUUCGGACGACGAUGACAUGGCCGACCUUGCCGCCAGCGACGACGACCUCUCUGGCCUCGACGGCGACGCUACGCUGGGCGACGAUUUCCUCGGCUCUGACGACUCCGUAUUCGACUCUGACGACCCCGAGCAGGAGCAGAACAAGCAUGUCUUCUCUGAGGACGAGGACGACUCCGAUGGCGAGGAGGCGCUGAGCCGGGCGAACCUCGAGGGUCUCUCGCGCAAGCUCGACGAGCAGGCGGCGCAGGAGGCUGAGGAUGCAGCGGCGGAGCUCGAGGAGAUGGGCCUGCAGACGAAUAUCGCCGAGACGGGCAUGGUGCUUGACGACGACAAUGAGGACCCCAAGAAGAAAGCCCUCGCGCCGGAUCUGCACGUUCUCCGCAACCGCAUGACCGACAAUGUGCGCAUUCUCGAGGAUUUCGCCAAGCUGGCCGACCCCGGCCGCAGCCGCUCCGAGUACACGGCGCAGCUGAUCAAGGACAUUUGCGGCUACUACGGCUACUCAGAAUACCUUGCUGAGAAGCUGUUCAACCUGUUCAGCCCGAGCGAAGCCUUCUCCUUCUUCGAGGCCAACGAGAGCCCGAGACCCAUCGUCAUUCGCACCAACACUCUGAGGACACACCGCAGAGACCUCGCCCAGUCUUUAAUCUCUCGAGGUGUUGUCCUGGAGCCUGUCGGCAAGUGGAGCAAGGUCGGUCUCCAGGUCUUUGAGAGCAGCAUUCCCCUCGGUGCCAGCCCCGAGUACCUCGCCGGCCACUACAUUCUGCAAGCCGCCUCUUCAUUCCUUCCCGUUAUGGCCCUCGGACCCCAGGAGAACGAGCGCGUCCUCGAUAUGGCCGCUGCUCCCGGUGGCAAGACGACACACAUGGCUGCCAUGAUGAAGAACAAGGGCUUUAUCUUGGCCAACGAUCCCAACAAGGCUCGUGCGAAGGGUCUGAUCGGUAACAUUCACCGCCUCGGUGCGCGCAACGUCGUCGUCUCCAACUAUGAUGCGCGAGAAUUCCCCAAGCCCAUGGGCGGUUUCGACAGGGUCCUCCUCGAUGCUCCCUGCUCCGGAACGGGUGUCAUUGCCAAGGAUCCCAGCGUCAAGACCAACAAGACGGAGCGCGAUUUCAUGAUGCUCCCGCACAUGCAGAAGCAGCUGCUCCUCGCCGCCAUCGACUCGGUGAACCACAACAGCAAAACGGGCGGCUUCGUCGUCUACUCGACCUGCAGCGUCACCAUUGAGGAGAACGAGGCCGUCGUGCAGUACGCCCUCUCCCGCCGCCCGAACGUCAAGCUCGUCGACACGGGCCUCCCCUUUGGCAAGGAGGGCUUCACGUCGUACAUGGGCAAAAAGUUCGACGCCUCCCUCAAGCUGACGCGCCGCUACUACCCGCACACCUACAACGUCGACGGCUUCUUCGUGUCCAAGUUCCAAAAGGUCGGCCCCACGCCCGCCAAGGCCGUCGCCGGCCCCGCCGACGCCGACCGCCUGUCCGUCGCGACCAAGAACGGCCGCCGCGGCGGCGCGCAGUCGGGCGGCUUCGACGACGACAGCGCCCCCGUCGACAGGACGCCCAUUGGCGCUGAGGAGGGCGCCGAGACGAGCGACGACGGCUUUGGCGGCUUUGACGACGACGAGGACGAGGGGUACAUGCUCAAGGCGAAGCGGAACGCCAUGCGCAGGAGGGGUCUCGAUCCCCACGCGCUCGACAAGGGCGCGGCGAACGCCAAGGGGGAGAAGAAGGGCGAGAACAAGACGCAGGAGGAGGGCGGCAGGUCGAAAAAGGCCAACAAGGCCGAGGCCGAGGCCGAGGAGCCCGUCGUCGCCGCCGCCGCCGUAGAGGAGAAGAAGAAGAAGAAGGCGCCCAAGGGCGAGAAGAAGACGAAGAAGCCCGCUGACGAGGUCGAGCUGAAGAAGGCCGGCCUGAUCACCGAGACGGCCGAGAAGGUUGUGCCCGAGACGAAGACGACGCCUGAGAAGAAGAAGGGCAAGAAGGGCAAGAAGACGGGCGGAAAGUAG